UUUACUUAUGGGUGGUCCCGGGAAUCGAACCCAUUACCCUGGCGCUACAAGCACCAUGCUCUACCGACUGAGCUACAAAAGACCUUUGUUUUUAUAAAUAGAAAAACUAAACCAUGAAUGAAUUGAAUGAACCAAUGUUGUGCCAUGUGUAUCAUAGCCAACCCCAAUUGUUGAGAAGACAUGUGUGUCUGUGUGUGUCUGUGUGUGUGUCUGUGUGUGUGUGUGUAUGUGUGUUACAGUGUUCUGGAAGCAAAAUGGCCUUCUUCUGUAGUUACUGUAAUUAAGUUCCGUUAGAACUUUAAUUAUGGUCCAAACAUUCAUCUAGUAGCACUGGAACUGAUCAUGUUGUUAGGGAUAUAGACUGUAUGUACUGCUUUUGACUUUAGCUGCCUCUCCAUUGGACCCUGCUACUGUGCUGGGCCGGGCGAUAGAGGGAUGGACAGGAACACAGAGAUGGAAGGAGAGAGGGAGAGCGGAGGACCGUUUUUAAGACUGAAGUAGGAUGUAGAUUAGAGAUGGAGGGAUACAGCAAGGAAGAGAGGAGUAAGGGAGGAGAGAAGGGGAGGCAGAAGGGCUUUUGCUUCGAAGACCAACUUGAUUAGCAGCGUAUUAGAUGGUGAUGGAUGGAGAUGUAGAGAUGAGAAGACUUGAAGUUCAGUGUUCAAUGUAAUGUAGAAUAUGUUAUAGACACAGUCAGACACACACACACACACACACACACACAGACACACACACACCGAUACUUGCAUUGCGUGGGAGCCCAGUGCUGUAACAAUGGUCACACAGGAGAACAGUCAUCACGUGUGUGAUGUCACUGGAGUCGACUUCCUGACUAUAGGGCUAGUAGCUUCUCGGUAAAGAAAGGAGGGAGACGGAGGGAGACAUAUUGUAUUAUAUGCUGUUGGAUACGUUUUUAGUCCGAUACAAAGGUUAUAGUCGUCAAUGGUAGCAAUACCAUUUUUGUGUGUAUUUGUCUUCAGGAGUUGAUUGUAAUUAUUUUUAUUAUUUUUAUGAUUUAGUUUUUAGAGUAGUGGCAUUGAACUGUGGACAGAGAAACAGGCCAAAGAGAGAGCCAUGUACCUGUAGAUCCUCAUAUGAGCUGUUCAUAUUAUCCCACUGCUUAUUAGUAUAGGAGAAAGUCACUUUAUGCUGAUUGGAGAGUGAUGCCUAUGUGUCUGAGGCCUACAGUAAGUAGCCUUGGCUCUCUGCUUCUCCUCCAUCCAAACUCCAGCAUCACAUAUAGAGAGAGAAAACAACACAGUGGGUAGGAACUUAGACAGUAGAGGGAGAUAAUUAUAUCUAAACUUGUAUGAAGACUGUGCUGUGAUACAUCAAUCCAUGCUGCUGCCCCAGACUAAUGAACAAGACUUAACUGGACACUUCACAAUCACACUGACAUUCAAAUCCUCUAUUCAUUACUACCACGUGUGAGCAGGGCUGCACUGUGUUGUUAUAGACAUGACUCACCUAGCAUCACUUUCAUAUUGACUGGAACACAGGGGAACACAUUUAGGGACAGCAUGGGAUGACAGUACAGUAAGAUACAGAAGGAUACUGAGAUGAAACCCAUCAUUACUGGAUUAAGCUACUGUUUCUAUAGACCACUUCGGGAAUGAAGAGAAGCGGGUCAGUGGAGUUUGGAUUCAGGAAUUGCAGACACGACUAGUCGUCACUCUCACCAGUUCUGUAAUGACAGUUAUCUUUCACGAUCACUUUUGAAUUAUGCAUUCUCGUGGCCAUAGCAACCGCUCCCUUACCCCCUCCCCCAAAUAUGUAAUUAUGCAAAUGUUGUUAUUGAUAGUUACUCAAAGAAGCAGAGGGCGAGGUUACGAGUUGUGUUGAAACUUCAUUAUCUUUUUUCUUUCACCGUUUUCUCGUCUUCCCCUCUCCAUCACCAAGUCCACAAUAAUAGUCUCCAUCUCUCCUUCAUCCUGUCUUCCUUCUAGAAGUGGUAGAAAUGUAGUCCUUACUUCCUUACUACUCUCAUCACCUUUUCUUAUCGCACAAUUUCACUGUACGUUGCUGUGUAUUUUAUUUCAUUUGCUUAAAUGGGUCGGGAGUUGUUUUUUUUGGUGAUGUUUUGUUGAGAGGAACGUAUGUAAUUAUGUACUAUACAUUUGGCAACAAUGGGAAAAAGAGGAAGAGACUUGCAUAGCUUUUGUUUGCUCAGAAAUGCCAAAUGUGAGACCGCUCACUUGUAUUAUACAAUACUGGAUGGCAACAAGAUAAGGUUAAACAGAUUAUCUCUAACUAGGGCUUUUUCACCAUUGAACCACAGUAAUGAGCAGGUUAAAUCCUGUUAUACCAGCUUAGAUUAAUACCUCCACCGUCACUGUAGUCUCAAGACUACUUGGCAAACGUGUGCUUACAAAGUCUCUCCACUCUCUCUCUCUCUUCCCUUUGCUUCCCCUCAUGUAUCCUAUUUAGAAAUACAUAGUGGUCUACUUUAUUUGUAUAAAAUGUAUUUAUAGAGAAGGGUGCCUUGUUCUGAUGAUCAAGCUUGUUUUUUUCCCCAAAGGGCUCUCUAGUAAACAAACACUGUUGGUUGGGGAAAUGUUUGGCUGUUAAGUACCAUGAAAUUAACAUAGAAAGAGUUGGGUGACCAACAUCAAGUCUCCAGUUUCAAGUUUUAAUGUCACAUGCACAAUUACAGUGAAAUGCCUUUCUUGCAAGCUCUAAAACAACAUGCAUUCUAGGUUGGACCAGGAGGUUUUCCUAGUCAGGUCACAUGGUCAGGAAAUCCCCCCUGGCCUUAAUUCUAGGUAAUCCCAGGUUUCAGAUAGGUGGUUUGUGGGGGAUUGACUGUAGGGUGGCGGUAUAUGUCCUGCAGUGUCCCCUGUAACUAUGCUAUCUCAGGGGUAUGUAUGUUACAAAGUGUAUUGUGUGUGUGUGUUCACCUCAGCGACUACAGGGUUUGACCAGCACCAUGUUUGCUCCAGCUAGCCAGCGCUUUGUAUAGAAUAGGGUCUGGUCUGUCACACAGGCAUCCGCCACAUGUCUUAUCUAUAAAAAAAUGAAUAUGCAAGAUCUAUACUGUGUAUUUUGGCAUUGAUUUCAUUGAGUAAGAGUCUUUAAUUGUAUACUUCAGAAGAAAUUAGGUACGUUUUUUAAAUUGUAAUUUUCAGUUUUUUUUAAUAAAUGGGGAAGAAAAACAAACUUUUUUUUGUCUUUUACUGUUUUUAGUUCUAGAACACUGCAAUCACUCAAGCAUAUAUCCUGACACAGAGACCAACAAAAGAGGAAGGAAGGUUGUUCACAAGACAACUGGGUAGAAGUGUAUAGCUGUGUUGAAAGGCACAACACUCAAAAUACCAUCGGACCAAAAUACUUUUUAUGAAGGCUUUUUAUUUUCUGCAACCAAUAUAAAACAUAGUGAAGAAGAUGGUGGCCAUGACAUUCUUAUUCCUCUGCUUCUGGGCUGCAGGUGUCCACGGUGACCUCAGCUGGAUCCAGGUUACUCUGGAGGCAGACAGGCCCUCUCUUGAGGGUGCAGCUCUCUCACACCGCCUCCCUGCAAUGCUGCUACUCAGCCACAGGGGGCCCCAUGCAGAUCACCUGGGUCACCCGCCUCCACAUAGUCAACAGCACGGCCGGCCCGCAGCGAGUGGACCGGAGAGACAACCGUGUGACGGUGAAUGGGGUGAACUGGACGGCGGCGGGGGUCAUGUGUCACACACUCAUCCUGAGGGAAGUCCGUCUGAACGACUCAGGGUUGUACCAGUGUUUCCUCAACCACAGCGCCCUGUGGCCCUCAUUGUACACCCACAGCACCUUCCUGCAGGUCUACAGGGAGUGUGUGUGUGUGAAGCCCUCACACUCUCCCUGCUCAGGGCCGAUGGUGAAGAUUCUGGACAUCAGUGAAAGCACCAAGAACAGCAUCCUGACGGCUGAGGGAGUGUUACUGAUGGUGGUGGUGCUUCUGCAUGGUACCAUGAUGCUCCGUAAGACGAAGAAACGAAAUCAACUAAAGAAGAAAAGGGUCAAAGAGGAAGAGGAGAAUAUCUAUGAGGGUCUAAAUCUGGAGGAAUGCAGUUCCACAUAUGAUCAGAUCCAGCGCUCUCUGGUGCAGGGCCCCUACCAAGAUGUGGGAAACAUGCUCAUAGAGGAGGAGGAGGAGGAGGAAAUCCAACUGGAGAAGCCUUGAAUGAGAGGGGGCAGGAAGGAGGGGGAGGAAGAGAGAGGGUGGGAGAAGAGAAGAGUCAUUUGAGAGAACAGAAUUGGGGUGAGGGUUUUGAUAGGAAUUUUCUUCAAAAGUGCUCCCCCCCAUGUUUGAAUUUAUAGAGGUGACCUGCGUUUUCCUUGCAGCCUUUGCCUAUAUUUGAAUCUAAUUUCUUAGUGGGCCAAAAAGGCAGUAAACUACAAUAUCAGGGGGAAUUUUGCUUUCAGUUUAGCCUUUCAUUACCAUUGCCAAUACCUAAACAUUUUAUAUAAAUAAGAGAGAUUAUUUUUUCUGCAUAUUUGCAUUUUCUACGCUUUUGUGUAUGCAUUGGCCAAAUGUUUUUUUCUCUCCAAUCUCCAUAAUUCAAGGCCUGAAUUGUGCUUUGUAAAUAAAAGUAUAAAACUGA